AUGAUCAAACAGCGCAACGCGCUGAUUUUGAUUUUAUCAUGCUUGGCUUUGCCAGUGUUAGCUGCCGAAGAUGAUGAAAUGAGAGACUCCUCGACAUCUUCUAUCAUUUCGGCCAUCGUGUAUGCCUUGAUUUUAGCAGGCAUUUUCAUGGUAGUAUUCCUUUACCUUCGCCCACGGUAUCCGGCCAUUUAUCAACCAAAGACGUACCGUGCUCUUCCUGCGAGUAGGAAUACACAGCCGUUACCUAAAGGCACAUUUAAUUGGAUCCCCUCGUUCCUGAGUGUGCCUGACCACGAAAUUCUGAGGAUCAAUGGGCUGGAUGCGUACUCAUUUAUAUGGUUCAUCGUGCUCAUGCUGCGCAUUUUCGUACCCAUAUGGAUUUUGUCUUGGAUCGUGCUCAUGCCUCUUUACGCGGCCGAUUUGCCAGUCAACUCAGGUUCCGACCCGGUUGGUAGGGGUAAAGGCUUCAACAUGUUCACGUUCGGCAACGUGAUUAAUGAGAAUAAUCAGCAGCAGAAGCGGAGUGCUGGCGUUCUUAUUCUUCAUUACAUCUUUAUGGCUUGGUUUAUUUUCAAUAUUCACGAUGUCAUGACCCAUUUCAUCAAGCUACGGAAGGAAUUCCUAACUUCACCGGAUCAUCGAAACACGAAUCAGGCCAAGACAUUCCUCGUCACUAGUGUACCCAAUCAAUAUCUCAGUGAGACUAAAAUAAAGCAGCUCUAUGAGAAUUUGCCAGGUGGUAUCAAGAGGGUCUGGAUCAACCGUAACCUGAAGGAGUUACCAAAGCUCGUGGAAAAUCGAGACAAGUUGGCCAACAAGCUGGAGGGUGCUGUGUCGAAGCUUAUAGCCACUGCAGCCAAGAAAGUCAAAAAAGGUAAAGUUGAAGCGGUAGCACUGCCCGAAGGCAGCGAGCCCUCACUAGAUGUGGCAGACCGUUAUGUGCCAGAAAAAAAGCGUCCUAAGCACCGUCUUGGGAAGAUUCCUUGUAUCGGCGAAAAGGUCGAUACUAUCAACUACAGCCGUGAAGAACUGCCUCGGAUGAAUCGGGAAAUUGAAGACAUACGUCAGAAUGUUAUUAACGACUAUGAGACUUACCCUCCCGAAAGCAGUGCUUUUGUCCUUUGCAACACGAUGCAAGGUGCCUAUACUGGCGCAAGUUUCCGUCCUGUUGAGAACAAAAGCCAAAUGGACAAGAGUUAUGUGGAGGUGCAUCCGGAUGACAUUGUGUGGGAGAACAUGAGCUUCAACCCUUAUGAACGCAAGCUACGAACUUGUGCUUGCUGGGGUGUUACUUGGCUGACUGUGAUUUUCUGGGCUAUUCCAGUGGCUCUUGUGUCUUUGUUUUCGAACGUCGAUUACAUGUCAGAGAAGAUUGGCUUCUUGGGCUGGAUCAAACAAAUUCCAUCAGUUCCUCUUGGUAUAAUCAAGGGAGUGUUACCAACGACAGCUCUUGCAAUCCUCAACAGUCUUUUACCUCCAUGGCUUCGUUUCCACGCACGAAUGAGUGGAGUUCCAACUAGAAACCUAAUUGAGCUGAGUCUGAUGACCCGUUUCUUCAUUUUCAUGAUCGUUCAGAAUUUCAUCAUUUUGACUGUUCUCGCAGGCAUUCAGCAAAACUUGGAUGCGUUCUGGGAUGAUGUGAAAGAACCAAAAAAGUUUGUUCAGGAUAUUUCCAGUGCAAUUCCACGCGCGUCUUCUUUCUAUCUUUCGUAUAUGGCCCUUAUUGGUCUGAGUGCUUCGGCUGGAAUUUUCUCGCAGCUAAUUCCAUUACUUCUUUAUUACGUUAAAAUCAGGUUCCUCAGCUCAACACCACGGAAACUAUGGCACUUGCGAAAUGACUUUAAUUCACCUCCUUGGGGUACUCUGUAUCCAUCAACACUUUUUAUGACAGUAAUAGCGUUUGGAUACAUGGUGCUUCAACCAGUGACAAAUGGAUUUGCAUGUGUGGCAUUCUUCUUGUUAUAUUUGGCUUACCGCUAUUCGUACUUGUAUGUGUUUGACUGCAAACCUGUUAAGGAAACGGCUGGUCAAUUUUUUGUGAAGGCUAUUCACUUUACUUUUAUCAGCGCAUACGUUUCCAUAUUCGUUGUGGCCCUCAUGUAUUUUUUCAAAACAGGCGACAAUGCCUCGUUCGCUGCGAUGGGUGUCUUGACGAUUGUACUGGGCUUGCUCGUGGCUGCGUAUCACAUUUACAUGUAUGUGUGGUAUGAGAGGGAAAUGCAGAAGAUUCCCGAGCUUCUCGCUUCCAAGACGAACGAGCUGUCGUCCAAUCCCCUCAACGAUGGUGCUGGAGCACUGGUUUUGCCUGAAAAGGACGAAUACUAUGCUAACGCCGAACAAGAGAAACAACUGAUUCCACAAGGACCUCGUCCUCUCGGUCCAGAGUCCAAGGCACUUGCGCUCCAAAUGGAAGACCCUGGGCUGGAAGAAGAGAAGCAGCAGAUGCGUGAAAUUGAAACCAUGAAUGCCUUUUUCAAUCCUGCGCGCUUGAAGGACCAGAUGAUUCUUUGGUAUCCAAAUGAUAACUACGGUAUUGGUCGCUCGCAAAUGCUGGCCGACUACAGCGCGGGGUAUCAGUCCAGCGUCGAUAAUGCAUUUAUCAACGAGAAGUACAAGAUUGAUGAGAACGCUGACGUUCCUCCAGGUGAGAAGAAGUAA